AUGACGGACCAAAAAUCCGAGGACUGGCUCCCAACUGGUUGGACCGUUGAGGUCAAAGUUAGAAAUAACGGUAAAAGAGACAAGUAUUAUUACGAUACCGCAAGUGGACAUAAAUUCAAUUCCAAGGCAGAGGUAUCUCGCUAUCUCAACACCUCUCAAAUCAGCGAUGAAGUCAAGCAGAAAGUUGAAGAGACUUUGAAGCGAUCAGCAAAUGAUGUUGUGGUUGAGAAGACUAUAGCAGAAGGACUACCUCAAGGAUGGAUCAAAGAAAUUCGGAUGACAAAAAAGGAUCAUAAGAUCAGGAGAGACUCGUACUAUAUUGAUCCUGUAAGUGAAAAAUUAUUCCGCUCAAUGAAGGAUGUGAAUCGCUAUCUUGAAAAUGAGGAGCCAAGAAGGCUAAUUCUAGAGCCAAGUCAUGGUAGUGAUAAGGAAUUGGAAGAUGAAAAAGCCUCUAGCUCGCACUUGAAUGAGAUCAUGAAGGAUGGGCAGAUACUUAAUCUAGCAUGUAAGGGAGAAAGCCCGACCUUUCCUGCACAAACUUCUGAUCAGACUGAGGUGGACACUGAAUCAGGCAGCUUAAAUCCAACAGAAGCCAAAGGUUCGGAGCAGAAAGAACAGGACGGUGAUUCUUACAAAAGUGAAUUUAUUUCAGUUCCAGCAGGUUUUGGCCUGGCAGAUAAGCAAUGCCUGGAAAGUGGGCUCUUUAAACAUGAAAGUAAAAAGACCCAACUUAGCCUGGGCAAGUCCAAGAAGAAGAAAGAGCUGAACUUGCCUCGUCGUGCUUCAAAGCGACUAGCUGGAGUUGAAGUUGAUCCAGUGCCAGAACUGAAAACAAGUACUCGAGCACGUCGAGUUACAAUUAAACAAUCAAGGGAAGGAGUACACAGUACAACUGAAGGUUCUUCCUCAGGUAAUUCCACUGGUUCUGUAUUCCGACGGCCUGGUUAUCCUGAGGUUGAGCCAGAAAAGCAUGUUCAAAAUGUGGAAACAGUGAUUAGUGGUGACGAAAAGCAAACGUGUGCUUCUGUUUUCCCAGAAGAACAUGCAGGAAAACUUGAAACCACUGAUAAGGCAGAAGAGAAGCCAGGACUUCAACCAGACUUGCCGCUGGGGGAUUUCUUGACAGAUCCAUGCAUUGCAUUUGCAAUAGAGACUCUCACUGGAAUAGCUUUUGAAAAUUCCAGGAGCAAUAGUGAGCAAUCUUCAGGUGACUUGGAUACUCUCAAAGAUCGUUCUGGAAAUAAAGAAGAAGACAAUAAGAGGAGCAAUGUUGUUUUGGCUCAUGGCAACCUUUUUAUACCAGAACAACAUGGGGGGAAAGUUGGAAAGGAUGAUAAGGCUGAACAGAAGUCAGGAUCCCCAGUGGAGUUGCCUUUCGGGGGUUUAUGGCCAGACCCAUGCAUUGAAUUUGCUAUAAAAACUCUCACAGGUGCAAUCCCACUGGACUAUGAUCCUCAUAUUGAGGAGUAUUUUCAGCAGCAACUAAGCUCAUCAAGAACCCAAGGAAACAGUGACUUGACCUUGAAAAAUGUUGGUCUAGAUAACUUCUGCCAAACUGAUGUUUUGUGCCAGCAAUUUUCAGAGCCUGCACACACCAGGAAUGCAAGUUUACAUAGUUCUGGUGGAUCAGAUACAAACCAAUAG